GCGCAUGCCCACUGUGCCCAGCUGCUCCGCUUUCGAGCAUCCUAGACUUCUGUCACCAGGUAAGGACAUCCUAGAAGCUGAGCUACAGUUGGCUGGGGCACACAAAAACCUGGGGGUGCCAAGAGUUUCCAGGUACGUAAGCGGGAAAGGGGUGCCGAGUCUCAGCUAAAAAAUCCCCCAUGGCAGAGAUCCGAGUACACAUGCAGCAAUUUCCAUCGGUGGGGCCCCGAGGAAGGGGAGGAUGAUGGGAGAAGACGAGCAACUACAAGCCCCCGCACGCAGUGCGCAGCUAGCUUCUGGAAAGAGGCCCGCGAUGCAGUGCUGCCCGGCCUCGGCGCAGAGCCCCGGCCGAGCGCCAGACGCGGACUGCCAGCACCAGAAUGCUCGCGAUGAGAAGACAGGCGGAGUACUGCGAGCGAGCGAGCUUUCAGCUCUCGUAUCCAUGACGCGUGCUGCUUCGUGGGACCCCUGGCCUGCAGGGGAGUGGGUCUCCGUGGGACAUCCUGUCCUGCCCUGGCCGGCGCCGGACCCCCACGGCCCCGGAGCCUCCCGCGCCGCCACGGGAUGACAGAGCCGGACGUGACGCUACCGUGGAAGGAAGGGAGGGGCGGAGCGUGGCACGGUGACGUCCUCCCAAAAUGGCGGAGAGAGAGUGAAGAAACUGUGUUCCCCCCUUGGGUUGCUAUCGAUCAAGGGUAAAAUUCCAUUCUGAUACCAAAAUGCAGUAUUCGCACCACUGUGAGCACCUUUUAGAGAGACUGAACAAACAGCGGGAAGCAGGUUUUCUUUGUGACUGCACCAUAGUGAUUGGAGAAUUCCAGUUUAAAGCUCAUAGGAAUGUGCUGGCCUCCUUUAGUGAGUAUUUUGGUGCGAUCUACAGAAGCACUUCUGAGAACAAUGUCUUUCUUGAUCAGAGUCAGGUGAAGGCUGAUGGAUUUCAGAAACUGUUGGAGUUUAUAUACACAGGAACUUUAAAUCUUGACAGUUGGAAUGUUAAAGAAAUUCAUCAGGCUGCUGACUAUCUCAAAGUGGAAGAGGUGGUCACUAAAUGCAAAAUAAAGAUGGAAGAUUUUGCUUUUAUUGCUAAUCCUUCUUCUACAGAGAUAUCUAGUAUUACUGGAAACAUUGAAUUGAAUCAACAGACUUGUCUUCUUACUCUGCGAGAUUAUAAUAAUCGAGAGAAAUCAGAAGUAUCUACAGAUUUGGUUCAGGCAAAUCCUAAACAAGGGGCAUUAGCAAAAAAGUCAUCUCAAACAAAAAAGAAGAAGAAGCCUUUCAACUCCCCAAAAACAGGGCAGAAUAAAACAGUGCAAUAUCCCAGUGAUAUUUUAGAGAAUGCAUCUGUUGAAUUAUUCCUAGGUGCAAAUAAACUGUCCACACCUGUAGGAGAACAAGUUGCACAAAUAAAUGAUAAUUCAGAACUCGAGUUGACAUCAGUUGUGGAAAAUACUUUUCCAGCACAAGAUAUUGUGCAAACUGUUACAGUGAAACGGAAACGUGGAAAAUCACAGCCGAACUGUGCUCUGAAAGAACACUCUAUGUCUAAUAUAGCCAGUGUCGGGAGUCCUUACGAGGUGGAGAACUCCGGGGAAGAGCUGGAUCAGAGGUAUUCCAGGGCCAAGCCAAUGUGUAACACAUGUGGGAAAGUGUUUUCAGAAGCCAGCAGCUUGAGAAGGCACAUGAGAAUACAUAAAGGAGUCAAACCUUAUGUCUGCCACUUAUGUGGAAAGGCAUUUACCCAGUGUAACCAGCUGAAAACCCAUGUAAGAACUCAUACAGGUGAGAAGCCAUACAAAUGUGAAUUGUGUGAUAAAGGAUUUGCUCAGAAAUGUCAGCUAGUCUUCCAUAGUCGCAUGCAUCAUGGUGAAGAAAAACCCUAUAAAUGUGAUGUAUGCAACUUACAGUUUGCAACUUCUAGCAAUCUCAAGAUUCAUGCAAGGAAGCAUAGUGGAGAGAAGCCAUAUGUCUGUGAUAGGUGUGGACAGAGAUUUGCCCAAGCCAGCACACUGACCUAUCAUGUCCGUAGGCAUACUGGAGAAAAGCCUUACGUGUGUGAUACCUGUGGGAAGGCAUUUGCUGUCUCUAGUUCUCUUAUCACUCAUUCUCGGAAACAUACAGGAGAAAGACCAUUUAUCUGUGAAUUAUGUGGUAAUUCUUACACUGAUAUUAAAAAUUUAAAGAAGCACAAAACAAAAGUCCAUUCUGGUGCAGAUAAAACUCUAGACUCCAGUGUAGAGGAUCAUACUUUGAGUGAACAAGAUUCCAUACAAAAGAGUUCUUUAUCAGAAACUAUGGAUGUGAAACCUUCUGACAUGACUUUACCAUUAGCUCUUCCACUUGGGACUGAGGACCAUCACAUGCUUCUGCCUGUCACAGAUACUCAGUCUCCUACAUCAGAUACAUUGUUGAGGUCAACUGUGAAUGGAUAUUCAGAACCACAGUUGAUAUUUUUACAACAAUUAUACUGAAUGUGAGGAAUAUGGAAUUGCUAAGAUGUCAUUGAUAGCAAACAUCUCUGGUAAGGUGCAUAUAUUCAUAUUAAAUUCCCAUUCGUUUGAGUUGUGACCAUUAUUUUUCAUUCACUGAAGUAAAAGCACCUGAUGCUGCAUCACAACUGCAGUGUUUGUUUUUAUUUUUGGCUUUUAUGUCUAUACACACAGCUUUUUAAGGAAUUAAUUAUGUAGCACUAUUUUGGGUGGAUGAGUUUUAUUUUCUUUUAAAGCUGCCUUAAUUCCAUUUUUAUUUUGCAUUUUAGAAUUGCCCUUCAUUUACUACAUCAGCCAGUUAAUGUGAUUCAGUUUUGACCUGUGGGAUUUAAAAUUUUUACCGCCCUCAGAAUUUAAGCAAAAUCCAUGAUAGUAUCAGCCCAAGAAUGUGUUGUUAUUUGUAAGCCCCACAUAAACUAUGGAGAAAAAAUGAAAUUUCAUAUUUCUGCUCAUGAAAAUUUAGUUACUGAGUAAGAAUUGUACUGUUUCUCUAUUAAUAUAUUCUGUUAGAGAUAACUUUUCUAAUGAAACAAAAACAUGUUUCUCAAAAUCUAGAAAACUGCAUAUAAAAUUUUGUUCAUUUAGGACUCGGUAUUCUGGAGAAAACCGAUGGUCAGUACUUUUGGUUUAUUUAAGAUUAUAUUUUCAAAAUGAACUUUAAAUAGAUAAUUGGUGUUUUUAUCUCAGCAAAGACGGUUUCAAAAUUUGAUUCAGUUUGUUUUAUUCCAUUUCUAGAAUAUUGGAAAUGAAAAUAUACUGAGUUUUGAAAUAUUUUGGCAAGCCUCUCUUAUGCCUGUUAGGCACUUUUUAAAAGAAAUACUAAAUUCCAAAAAGAA